GUCGGUUUAACAUUUACACUACUCUAUCCGUCGUCGUCCAUAGCAUCCAGGCGUGGUUUGCAAUCUCGCACUUUGAACCUUGGAGGUUUUUCCACGUAACACGUUUCAUACAACACCAUGAAUUCCCAAGAAUUUCUGAAGGCUGCUGAAGAGGUGAAGAAGCUGAAAAAUAGUCCAUCAGAUCAGGAUUUGCUGGAGGUGUACGGACUGUACAAACAGGCCACAGUGGGCGAUGUAAACACAGACCGUCCAGGAAUGUUGGAUUUGAAAGGAAAAGCUAAAUGGGAUGCAUGGAAUGGAAAGAAAGGAAUGGCAAAAGAAGCAGCUGAACAGGCGUACAUUACAAAAGUGGAACAAAUGAAAGGAACCUAUGGGUUUUGAUGACCAAGAUGUGGUUUUUAGCUCUGCAAUCAAUAUGUCAUUGAUCAACAGACAUUUUUUUCUUCAAAUCUAGUGUUCUAUCAGCUUCCUUCCAUAAAAAGUGUUCAUGAUUGAUGUUUUCAUAUAUAUAAGUAUUGUACAACAGGACAUGUAAUUGUGUAGUUCGACAUUCAGUUUAAUGUACUUUUUUGUACAAAUUUAAUCUUGACAGUUUAAAUUCAAUCAAGUAUUCAGAUAUUUGUAUGUGUACUAUUUACAUGAA